AUGAAUCGUAGUGGCAGCUUUCGGAGAAGCUUUAGUGCUAGUAGCUCCUCAUCAAUGCAACAGGCAUCCUCGGCGAACAAGAUCAUCAACAGCGUCAAUAUUAAUAACAACAACAACCACCAAAAUAUCAUCAACAACAAUAACGAAUAUGAGGAAGUGGAUGAGGAGAUGGACGAUACAAUGUCGGGAGCAGGAAAUAUUGAGGAUGAUUUUGAUUCUUCUCAACAAGAGCACAUUACAGUUGUUGUUCGUGUAAGACCACCAUUACCUCGAGAAGUAAAAGCUGCUCAGGAACGAGGUGAGCCCUUUGUGAGCACCAUCAAAAUUAAUGACUCACACAAGAGUUUGACCAUAUCCGAUUCCCUUGAGAGUGAUUACAGCAUGGGUCAUUCGUUUACGUUUGAUCACGUUUACGGUGAAGAUAGCAAACAAGAUGAAAUUUAUGAAAAUCAUGCAAGAGGAGCUGUACUCUCGGUUCUAAAGGGUUAUAAUGCUACUCUGUUUGCUUACGGCCAAACUGGUACAGGUAAGACAUUUACCAUGGAGGGGUUUAGUGGAAAGAGAGAGCUAAGGGGAGUCAUUCCGAGAGCAACGGAAGAUAUUUUUGAUUACAUAGAAACAAAAGGAUCUUCGAACAUUAAUUUUUUAAUCAGAGCAUCCUAUCUUCAGAUUUACAAAGAGGUCAUUUAUGACCUGUUGGAUCCAUCAAAAAGUAAUCUUACAAUAAGAGAGGACAAGAAAAAAGGAACGUGUGUGGAAGGUCUCACGGAAGUGGUUGUAAGAACGCCUAAAGAAAUUUAUCAACUUAUUGAAAGAGGUCGAAAAGGAAGAGCAAAAGCGGCCACAAAGCUGAAUGAAGAAAGUAGUAGAAGUCAUGCUGUAUUUAUAAUUGUGGCGGAACAUCUUGAACGUAGCGUCUCCAAUGAGGAGGACAUUGAUUGUGCCAACGCUGAUGCAAUCACAGGAAAACAGGGUACUCAUGAGGUGAAGGAAUCAUAUCGCAUUGGAAAGCUCAAUCUUGUAGAUUUGGCAGGUAGUGAGAGAGUUUCUGUGAGCGGUGCUUCUGGAGAUUUGCUGGAACAAACAAAAAAGAUCAAUCUGUCACUGACAUGCUUGGGAAUGGUUAUUUCUGCUCUCACUAAAACAUACAAGAAAAAGGAGGUCUAUGUGCCAUACAGAGAUUCCAAGUUGACCAGAUUAUUAGCCGACAGCUUGGGUGGCAAUUGUAGAACCACAAUGUUAGCUAUGGUCUCACCAGCGCUUGAAUUUUAUGGUGAAUCUUUGUCUACUCUUAACUUUGCAAAACGUGCAAAAUGCAUCAAAAACGUGGUGACAGUGAAUGAAGAUUUAGAUCAGAGAGCCCUUUUAAGAAAGUAUGAAAAGGAGCUGAAGAGAUUACGAAUUGAGCUAUCCAAAAAGAAUAAGGCUGUUGUUGGAAAGCAAAGAAUUCUUGAAUUGGAAGAGGAGAAAAGAAGGGCCGAGGAGGACAAACUUGCUGCUAUUGAGGCCUUGGAAGCUCGUUCAAGAGAGUUUCUUCAUGAAAAAACGCUUAAAAGAAAACUGGAGGAAAAGAUCGCUCAUCUUCAAUCUCAACUGUUGGUAGGAGGUGAGAAAAUUGAAGAAACACCCGCAUUCCGAAAGCUUAUCAAACAAGAAUAUGAACGUGUUCAUAAGCAGUACGAGAAAAAGUUGGCAGAAUUAGAAAGAGAGAGACAGUCCAUUGAAGAGGAUAAAGCUCAAGUAGACCGGUACAAACAAUUAUUACUGAAACAGCGAGACAUCAUGAUUGCUCUCACAGCAAGAUUGAAUGAAAGAGACGAAACUAUUUUGUCGCUACAAGAAGAACUCGAUGCCUAUGAUCAUCAUCAGAAAAUGUUGGAGGAUGCACUAGAUAGAAAAACAGCAGCACUCAUCCAUCUUCAAAGAGUCACGGAUGCUGGGUUAUGCACUAAGGAAAAAGAAAAGCAAGCUCUUAGAAAAAUAAUUGAAGUCAAAAUGAUACCGUACAUGAAUACCAUUUACAAGAGUAUAAGUGCUUUCGAAACUCCAGAAAUGGAAGAUACUGCUAAACAAGUGAAGAAACAAGUUGCUACAGUCACUCAGCUCAUGAAACAAACUGCUAAUGCUCUUUCUUUGAAUUCUGGCAAUCCUUCUUCCUCUGAAGAACAGCAAUCUUCUGAAGCUUCCGUAAAUCAAUUUCAAGAAUAA